AUGGAGAAGUGUGAACUGCAUCGGAAUCCGUUGUUCCUUGAUCCAUGCUGGAGCCUGUGGCCUGAUAACAAAAUUCUGAAAUUUAUAAACAAAGAGAUGUUCAGAUUCUGCAGAUCAAAAUGUCACAAAGCUUUCAAGAAAAAGAGGAAUCCUCGCAAAGUGAGAUGGACCAAAGCAUUCAGGAAAGCACAUGGGAAAGAUUUAGCUGUGGUGAGUAACUUGGUUAUAUACACACUUAACUGCAUGUUAAAGAAAGGAAAAGUACUCCGGAAGGAGGCUGAUGUCAAGGAGGUUAAACAGAAUAUACAUCUUAUUAAAUCACCAGCAGCUAAAGAAAGAACUGUUGCUAAAUUGGUACAAAUAAUAGAAGAUUCCGAUGAAGAAAUGAAAGAGUGA